AUGUCCGUCGCUGUACGAGCAGCUGCCACGUCAAACGCUCGUAUUCUAUCUUCCUUAAAACCACCUCUAAACGUGAUCGUCGUUGGUGGUACAUCAGGUAUCGGUCGAGCAAUAGCCCUUUCAAUAGCUCGACAUUGUCCAUCUGCUAAUAUUACCAUUAUUGGGCGAAAUGAAUCUGCUGCCAAUGCUAUCCUACCACAAUUAGGUUCAAAUCCAAAAUUCAUUCGUGCUGAUGCUUCACUAAUGUCUGAAAUUCGAACCGUAACAAAGAAAAUUAACGCUGUUGACAUGCUGGUACUAACACAAGGCAUUUUAACUACGGCUGGUCGAACACCAACAACGGAAAAUAUUGACAAUAAACUAGCGUUACAUUAUUAUGGUCGAAUUUUAUUCGUACAAGAACUUCUUCCAUUACUUCGAUCGUCACAAAAUGGUGGUAAAGUUCUAUUCGUAUUUGAUAGUGUCCACGGAAAUCCAUCUAAAAUUAAUUGGAAUGAUAUGGCACUUGAACAUACAUAUUCGCUUUCAUCAGCUGCCAAUCAUGCAAUGUCAUUUACUGAUCAUGCCAUACAAUAUUUUGCUUCACAACCAGAAAACACGAAUAUAACAUUUACUCAUGCAUUGCCGGGGUUUGUUCGUACAACACUGGGCGAUAAUUUACCAUUUUGGGCUCGAGUACCAUUAAAAUGCGCCAAAGCCAUUCGUUUAGGAAUCACUUCAGAAGAUUGUGCUGAAUUAAUGGUAGCUCAUUGGUGUCCACCGUGCCGCAAUUUUACACCGAAACUGGCUGAAAUUUACAAGAGAGUUCAAAGUGAAUUACAUGAAAAGUUGGACAUUGUCUUUGUCUCACAUGAUGAAAAUGAAAAUAUGUUUAAUGAAUACUUUACAGAAAUGCCAUGGAAAGCAUUGUCAUUCUCUGAUCGUGAUCGUUUUAUGACACUGAGCAAAAAAUUUGAAGUUUGUGGUAUUCCAAGUUUGGUUGUUCUCACGCCAUCGUGGGAUGUUCUUGCUAUGGAUGGUGUUGAAGAGGUGCGAUCAGUAUCUGAGGAAGCUUUGCGAAUGUGGUCACAAGGUAAAUAUAUCUUUUGGACACGCUCACCAAGUGAAGGAGAAUAUGUGUGGGCAGGUAUUGCUUGCACUUUAUGCCACAUGUAUCCUCUUGUCGGCACACGUCAUGGUUGUAUUCACCAAGGAUGUAAUGUUGAUCUGUGCAACACUUGCAUCUCGAAAUAUACACAUGAACAUCCUCUCGUGGAGUAUCUCAUUCCUAAGAAACAUUAUUCAUUGGAACAAAUAUUUGCCUCAGUACCUCAUUUACUUGGUCCAAAUAAUGAAGAACAAAUCGAGACAAAAUCACUAUGGAAAGGUAGUAUCAAAAGUAUUGGAAUAUAUUUUUCUGCUGAUUCGGGUGUGGUCGACAAGUCGUUUGAUCAUACAUCACCAAUAUCUAAUCAUCUGAUUGUUUGGCUCGAUGCAUAUAUCAGUCAUCCACAAAGUAAUCGACUACUUAAACGCUAUUUUAAUACAAUUAUUAAAAUUGACAUGCCAUCAUCGUUUUCUAAAGUGGAAAUGGAUAUUGACAAUUUAAUAAGAGUUCCUUAUUUUUAUUCAAUCGAUAAUAUUCGAUAUGAAAAUCUGCAAAAAAUGCUCUGGAUGUUUUCAAAUGUUGAUGAUUGUAUAGAAUUUAUUGAUGCACUGUCAAAUUUUGAUACAACUCUUUUCGUUAUUAGUUCUGGUUCUCUCGGUCGCAAACUUGUACCUAAAAUUAUAAAAAACAACAAGAUUUACUCGAUCUAUAUAUUUACAUGCAAUAUAUUGGCACAAAUGGAUUGGGCAAUCAAUUAUGUUGAUAAAGUUCUCAUGUUUAAUCAUGAGUUCGAUUUACUUACUCGAUUAGCAAAUGAUAUUGCCGACUAUUAUGUACAAAAAGCAUUGAAGAACAUCGAAAACUUACAACUGAGUCUACAAUAUUUAAAUUGGGCUAAGAAGUUACAUAGCAAAGCAACUAUUGUCAAUGGAUUAAAUAAUAUAUCUGUAAAACUUAAAUAUCUUGAAUCAUUUAUUGAACAAGUUGAAGCAUACUCAGACGAUUGGAAAAAAUCGCACGAUGAUGACACAAAGCUUAGUGUUGAAUGCGAUGGAUAA